CCCACUCACUCAAAACAAUACACCAGCAAACACUCGGCGACACACGACAAACAGCAAGUACUAGCAAUCAUCUAGCCGAUUCUUCCCUUGCUGCAGCAUCUGUAGCUUCCUUCUCGCCUUCGUUCACCUUCCGCGGCUGAUUAAUGGCAACCAUGAUGACCAUGAGCUCCUUCGCCGGUGCCGCCGUCCUGCCGCGUGGCUCGGCCGGCCACUUCGGUGCCCAGUCUCUGCCAGCACUGGGCCGACGCGCCCUCAUCGUCAGGGCACAAACCGAAGGCCCGAGUGCACCACCGCCAAACACACCCAAGGCGAGCACCUCGAUCUGGGACGCGCUGGCGUUCGCCGGACCCGCGCCGGAGCGCAUCAACGGGCGGCUGGCCAUGGUGGGUUUCGUGACUGCGCUUGCCGUGGAAGCAGGCCGUGGCGACGGGCUCCUCUCGCAGCUCGGCAGCGGCACCGGGCAGGCGUGGUUCGCCUACUCCGUGGCGGUGCUGUCUGUGGCGUCGCUGGUGCCACUGCUCCAGGGCGAGAGCGCUGAGGGCAGAGCCGGUGCCAUCAUGAACGCCAACGCGGAGCUCUGGAACGGCCGCUUCGCCAUGCUCGGCCUCGUCGCGCUCGCCGCCACCGAGAUCAUCACCGGCGCGCCCUUCAUCAACGUGUAAAACUAGCUUUGUCGUGGACCGGAUAACACAACCUGUACCUAGGACAUGUAAAUGAUGAGAAUUGAUCAUCCUCAUAUUCUUUGUAGUGCUUAUACUAAUUAAAGACAGUUCAUACUACGGGAGCUGCUUUGUUUCUCAUU